AAAAGAGACAUCUUAUAGAACAGGUACUGAUGCUCAGGAAAUAAGUGGUAGCAGUGAAAUUGACGUAGAACGUCUUUUCACACGGAGCGAUAUUCAGAGUUUGCUAAAGCGUUUAACUGGUAUGAAUCUCGAGGGCAAGUUAUUUACUCAUCGGAACAUUGCUCAUCCUCAGCGUUCGCACUAUGCUCUAAUGACUGAUGAUGCAUAUGAGAAGACAUUGAAAAAUAUGGAAGAAGUGGGUUUAAAUUUUUUGCAAUUUGUGCCGGUCUUGGAACCGCGUUGUAAUACAACAGUUAUUUUGGCCAAAGAUCCCGAAAUUGCAGGCUUUGAUGAUAGUAAAUAUGUUUUCACCGAUCUCUCUUUUGGUUAUGGAAUCCAAAUACGCUCAGUCGUUGUACGUGAAACAGACGGUGUGCUACGUAGUGCAACAGUUGAAGAACGAGAUCGUAUGGCAAGAAUUUAUAAAGGUCAUCCUCAUCGACCUGUAUGUGAACCACCUGUAUUUAAAGAUCCAUAUCUACAGAUGGCUUUGGAUAGGAAUGAUCAUGAACAUGUUCUCGAUUGGGCAUGUCACUAUUAUCUACCUGAUGACCCAGUUUUCAUUGAGCUUUGCCAUACAAUAUUUGACCGUACACUGGAUGCGAAUAAAUUUUCAAAUUUAUAUUCAACGAGACAUUUUGGUCCUUUCGUUUUCUACCUUGUUCUGAAUAAUAGAUUUUCCCCACUACUAAUUUAUUAUGGAAGUAAAGAAAAAGUUGAAGAUGCAGCAGACUUAAUAAGGUUGAUUAAGGCAAUUUCCGGAGAUGAAACAUCGAGUAACUGCAUGAAAAGUGCCGACGACUUGACGAUACUGCAGGACUUCGCAAAAGAAAAUGAAGAGCACAGAGAUAUCAUUCAGGAUUUAAUAAAAACUGCAAAAAAGAAAGAAAUCAGGUUGCAUAAACAAAAUGCUAGCUUCGAGCGAGAACACGUUGCGACUAUGGAUAAAGAUAGCUUUGCGGGUACUCAAGGACCACUUGGCGAAAUAGCAAAAUCAUAUGACGUCUGCAUAGUAAAAGGUUCUUUUGAGGCAACUGAACAGUCACAGAAAUGGAAGGAGAAAUCAAAGAAACAGAAAAAGCGACAAAACACGAAAGAAAAUAAGAAAUAA